UGGAUAAAAGAAUACAAAUGCACAUUGCACACCUUGCCAUCUUUCCUCUCCUCUACUAGAGAGAGAAAAGACACCUCAGGUAGCCCGUAGCCAUGUCCCCAUCUCUCUCUCUCUCUGCGCGCGCGCGCGCACAAGCACCGUGUGUUACUGGCAGGUAAGCAUGUCCUGUCACAGAAGCUGCUGCUGCUGCCGCCCGUGCACAUGCCGCCUCGGCGCUAUUAACCCGCCCGAGCCAUGCGCUCCUCCAGCGGACACCGCCUCCUGACGUCGCCAUGCUCGGCGCACCCGUCGGCGACCGAGACGAUGACGCGCGCGGGAGCCCGGUCGCCGCGCCCUCCUCGCCGAGAGAGCUCGUGCUCGCAUGUGCCGAUCUCCUGCACCGCGGCGACGUCGAUGGUGCCCGGCGCGUGGUCGACGUGCUCCUGUCGGGCGCUGACCCACGCGGCGACGCGGCCGACCGCCUCGCGCACCACUUCGCCCGCGCGCUCGCUCGCCGCAUCGACGAUAAGGGCGUGGACGCGCCCGCUGGAGCAGCUCCGACCCCGUCGCCGUCGCCGUCGGCGUACCUGGCAUACAACCAGAUCGCGCCGUUCCUGCGGUUCGCGCAUCUGACGGCGAACCAGGCGAUCCUGGAUGCCGCCGCCAACAGCGUCGCGCGUCGCGUGCACAUCGUGGACCUCGAUGUCGCGCACGGGGUGCAGUGGCCGCCGCUCCUGCAGGCCAUCGCCGACAGCGCGGACCCCGCAGUCGGCCCGCCCGAGGUGCGGAUCACCGGAGCCGGCCCCAACCGUGACGUUCUCCUCCGUACCGGCGACCGUCUCCGCGCCUUCGCCAGCUCCCUCAACCUCCCCUUCCGCUUCCACCCGCUCCUCCUCCCCUGCACCGCGCAGCUCGCUGACGACCCCACCACCGUCCUGGAGCUGCACCCGGGCGAGACGCUGGCCGUCAACUGCGUGCUGUUCUUGCACAAGCUCGGCUGCGAGGGCGAGCUUGCCACGUUCCUGAAGUGGGUCAAGUCAAUGAAUCCCACCGUGGUGACCAUCGCUGAGAGGGAAGCAAGCAUAGGCGGCGACUACACAGAGGAGCUUCCGCGGCGGGUGGCCGCGGCGAAGGACUACUACUCGGCGGUGUUCGACGCCCUUGAAGCGACGGUCCCACCGGGCAGCGCGGACCGUCUCGCGGUGGAGCACGAGGUCCUCGGCAAAGAGAUCAACGCGGCGUUGGCGCCGGGGCGCACCGGCGAACAUGUCCGGGGGUUCGAGGCGUGGGCCGCCGCUGCGCGCGGCGCCGGGCUCUCACCGCAGCCGCUCAGCGCGUUCGCGGUGUCGCAGGCGCGGCUGCUGCUGCGGCUGCACUACCCGUCGGAGGGAUACGUCGCCGAGGAGGUGCGCGGCGCUUGCUUCCUCGGCUGGCAGACGCGGCCCCUCAUGUCGGUCUCAUCGUGGCAGUAGACCUUCUGGCUGGUGGAGUUCGAUCUCGGCAGGGCGCGCUGCUCCAUCAUUCGCUUCUUGCUCACUAGCUAAGCUGGCCACCUGCACCACCGCAUGCAUCGCCGCAAAAGCAAUGGCACGCGGUGGAGCUGGAUCGAGACAAGCUGGGCUAGCUGAUCUGGCGGUUGAAGAGGAACGGUUUUAGUGAGGUUUUGGUGGGAAGAAGAAGCUAGACCGCGCAUGCAUGCAUCCAUGCAAGGAUCUAGGAGAAAACAUGGUCCUAACUAUCUGUUUGCCUUCCAUUCUCAUGCAUGGGCAAUGGCAGCUACUCGAUCUUGGAAAGUUACUACUUUUGGUGUAGCGCGAUGGACGGAGGAAGAAGAUGCGGUGCUGUGCGUGAUGGACACGCUGCAAGGGAACGCACCAUUGGGAGGUCCGUGUGAGGAUCUUUAGCACUAAUUCAAAUGUUUAACUUGGUAAGCCAUCCUUCCACCACUAGUCACUACCAUUUAUUUUGCUUUUAAUUUUUUGAUAAUCUAGCUACUGCUUUCGUUCUUGCUAGAUCUCCCUCUCUUAUAUUUGGUGGAGUUGUUAUAGUAUGCUGACCAUUUUGAUAUGGCUAUCCGAUGUUCUCAAUAUUGUAAUGCUAAAGGGCUAUGCUCAUUUGCAAGCUCCAGCAAAAUUAGGUCAAGUCAUCAUAUAUAUAAAUCAUGUGUUCAACCCCAAAUAAUGAAGAGGAUCUUGAAGCUGCUAUAGCUCAGUGGAUUGGGCCGGUCCAUUUUUAAAGUUUAUCCUGAAAUUUCACUUGCUCUUGGUGUUUGAUGCGGUUGUUUGUAUUACAACUAAUCAUGCUUUGGCCACCACUAGACAUAAACUAAUUCCCAUUUGGUUGGUCUUUUUUUCACUCAGGGUGAUUAUUGUGUGCUGCGAAAGGCCAGUGCCCAGUGCAUGCUUGUAUACAUUAUAUAUGUAGUAAUUAAUCAAUUAUAUUAUUAUUAUUAUUAAAAACCUCAAUUAUAUUAUAAGUAGUAUACAUGAGGCUAGACUAGCAUGUUGGGAUGUAUAGCUGUCUAGUAUGUUGUGUUCUUGCUCUAGGUGAAAAAAGAAAUGCUCGUUUGUCUCCCCUCCUGGCUGAGGAGGAUGUGGUUCUUGUUUUCUGCCUCAUGCCCCAGAUAUGCUGGCAAGCUGUCCUGUCGUUGGGAGAGCACAGAAAUGGCAUGAUCCCAUGCAUCAGUGACCAGUGCUGCCCUAAUUCCUGCUCACUGUCCCCUCCAACAAAAUCAUGGGACUUCUCAAAAACAAGCACCCCUUUUUGGUGGCCAACCUGCUAUCCUGAAUCUCUCUCCUGUUGAGUUGCCUCCUCGUCCUCUCUGAACAAAGAUCAUUUCCUUUUGGAUCGAUGGACCCAUGCAUUCGUCUAAUUUUAUAUCUAU